CAAAUUAAUAUGGAUAAUAAAUGGAAUUAUUUCCAUUUAUUAAGUGAUCAUAUAAACAGUCGUCUGAUCUAACAUAACAUAUUUCUAAUCCAACAUUAUCCAUAUAUUAAAUAUUAUGCCUAAUAUUUAUUUUAGGUGGUAUUCAAGCAAGAAUUCAACUGAAUUAACUUCAUUCGAUGACUAUAUUGAAAGAGCAAAGCCAGGAUAAGAUUCUAUCUAUUAUUUGGCAGGUGAAAAUAAAGAAUAAUUGUUGUCAUCUCCAAUCAUUCAAGGCUUAAUCAAAAAAGGAUAUGAAGUCUUAUUGUUGGAAGAUCCAGUCGAUGAAUUCACAUUCUAACACUUGAAUGAAUACAAAUAAAAGAAACUCG